AUGGCCUCUCCGCCCAAGCCCUGGGAGCGCGCUGGAGCCGGUUCUGGCGCUGCAGCCUCGAUACCCGCUCCAACAGCAGCUGCGACACCGAUCACGACGUCGACCGCUAGCACUUCCACCGCGGCGCCUCCCGUACCCGCCCUCCCUUCCUCUCUCGCGUCAACAGUCAACCAAAACGCCUCGGCAUACAGCCGCCCAAUGGGUACCAUGGGUACCAUGGGCACCAUGGGCACCAUGGGCGCAUCACCAUACGGAGGCUACGGUACCGGCUACGGCAGCGCAUACUCGUCACCUUACUCUAGCCCCUACUCUCGCUUUGGUGGCAUGGGUAGCUACGGAGGCGGCAUGUAUGGAGGCAUGGGCGGCUAUGGAGGCAUGUACGGUGGUGGCAUGUACGGUGGCAUGGGUGGCAUGGGAAUGAACGAUCCCAACAGCCUCACCAACCGCUUUAACAAUGGCACCGCCGCUACCUUCCAGAUGCUCGAGGGCAUCGUGGGGGCUUUUGGCGGCUUCGCACAGAUGCUGGAGAGUACAUACAUGGCAACACAUUCGAGCUUCUUCGCCAUGGUUGCUGUCGCUGAACAAUUUGGAAACCUCCGUGACACUCUUGGCUCGAUUCUUGGCAUCUUCACGCUUAUGCGUUGGAUCCGCACACUUCUGGCCAAGAUCACUGGCCGUCCCCCUCCCGCCGAUGCCACCGCCCUUACUCCCGCCGCCUUUGCUCGAUUCGAAGGCCGCCCUGGUCCCGACGGCGCUCCCGGCAGUGCUCCUCGUGCCAGCAAGAAGCCCUUGCUUUUCUUCCUCCUCGCCGCCUUCGGCCUGCCCUUCCUCAUGUCCAAGAUGAUCCGCUCCGUCGCCGCCAACGCCGAGGAAGAAGAGCGCCGCAUGCAGGAGCAAGCCCUGGCUGCGCAGCAGCCCAUGGACCCCUCCAAGCUUGAGUUCUGCCGCCUUCUCUUCGACUUUGCGCCUCAGAACAACAAUGGCAUGGAGCUCGACGCAAAGAAGGGUGAUCUCGUUGCCGUCCUCACCAAGAACGACCCGGCCGGCCAGCCCAGCGAGUGGUGGCAGUGCCGUUCUCGAGACGGCCGACAGGGCUAUCUUCCCUCCACCUACCUCGAGGUCCUCAAGCGCCCUGGCCAGGACGUUAAGCAGAUCAAGGCCGUUGCCGACAGCACCCGCACAAAUUCUCUGACCAGCGCCUCGGAGGAGGGCAAGAAGGAUUACGUCUCUGCUGACGGCAUGCAAAGGGGACACUUUUACUCUUGA